CUGUUGCAGCUGUGAAGAAGUACAGUUUUCGCUAUAUAAAUAUUGUUUUCGUUCGGCUGACCGGCAUACGUAACAGGGCAGGAGAAGUCAAUCAUAAUGCAACGCUUUCUAAUAUUCGCGGCGCUGAUCGCCGCAGCGAGCGCACAGCUCUGCAAAACCACCGGCGAGCUGGUGCCGAACCCGAUCAACUGCAAGCAGUUCUUCAUGUGCCGCACGGGCCGCACUAUUCUCUUCACCUGUCCGGACAACACGCUGUUCAACCCGCGCACUCUGGCCUGUGACUCCACGAACAAGGUCCGCUGCCAGCCCGGUGAUAUCCCGACGAGCAUCCUGACCUCCUCGCUGAAGGCUCAGCCAUCGCGCAUCGAACACACCGUGACGGAUUGCAUUAACCAGCCCGUGUCGACGCUGCUGUCCAACACUGCCGACUGUGGCCGUUUCUACCAGUGCUCCGUUACGGGCGCCAUCAACUUCCUCUGCCCGACCGGUACCCUGUUCGACGCACGUCGCAAGAUGUGCGUUGAGCGUGAGGUAGCCAUCUGUGGAACCGUUGCCCUGCCGAACCCACCGAUGGUACCACCGCAACCGAUCGUACCACCCUCCCUACCGAUCGUCCCACAGCCUCUGCCCGUCCUCCCCCCGUCCCUGCCGAUCGUCCCGCAGCCUCAGCCUCCGACCAACGUGAACAGCCUGCAGAUGCUGUGCCGUGGAAAGCCGCUCGGUGCCAAGAUCCGCAACCCGGUGGACUGUACGGAGUAUGUGAACUGCAUUGGAACCACCAUCCUGCGCUACGUCAGAUGCCCGACCGGAACGGCUUUCGACGAUGUGCGCAAGAUCUGUGACUGGGUACAGAACGUUACGUGCUAAAUGAUAGAGUGCCUCCUAUAGUAAGUCAGCCUUUAUAGAUGUUGCCUCGCGGUGGGCUUUGGUAUUAAAGUGUGGGAAAAUGGAAUUACAGUCGGUCGGUGUUUGCUUAUUACACUUGGGAACGAAAUAAAGUUACUUUAAUCUGUCAUGCAUAAAGGAAGCCAAACAAA